GUGCUUAUAAAGCCAAACAGUCACCGAUCUUCUCCGACGUAGAUCUCUCUCUCUCUCUCUCUCUGCGUGUGUGAAGUUUGAAUCCCAUAGCUAACAAGUCUUUUCCCAUUUCCUAUUGUGAGUAGGUUGCUUUUUCUUUUCCGUUUCGCCACUUCUUGUAUUCCAAAUCAACAAAGUCUAACCCUCCCCAACAGCACUCGCCAUCAAGAAAUCCUUCUCCAAUAUCAUCAGAACAUCUGAUGGCGGAUGCCAACAGAAGCAAUCAAAAUUCAACCCAGAUUAUGGAUGCAGAAGGAAUUGCAUCUAAAAUUCAUGGAAAGCUUGUCCAAUAUCGACCACCACCACUAUCUCAGUGUUCCAUAUUUAAAGUGCCCAGUAUGCUACGCAGGGAUCAUGAAAAGGCUUUCACGCCGGAGGUAGUUUCGAUCGGUCCAUUUCACCGCAACAAUACGCAGCUGCAAGAAAUGGAAAAUAAUAAGCUAUGGUAUUUGAAAUGCCUCCUCAAUCGAACAAGAACUACGGAAUUGAAGAGCUUGGUAGAAGCCAUCGAAAGCAUUGAGCAGGAUUGCCGUAAAUGCUAUUCAGAAGUGGGUGAUCUUACAAGAGACGAAUUCAUAGAGAUGAUGGUGAUUGAUGGUUGCUUUAUCCUUGAAUUCCUCUGUAGAUACAAGGCCAGAGAUAAGCUGGAAAGAUAUGAAGAACGCAGAUGUAUGGAUACAUAUAAAGAAUUAGAGCUCGGAUGUUCGGAAGUAUAUUUUCGAGAAAUAUCGAUGGAACUAAAAGGAGGGGAUGAUCCCGUGUUCAAAACGUCUUGGAUGCCAAGGAAAAUAGUAGCAGACUUGCUUCUACUUGAGAAUCAACUUCCUUGGUGCGUGCUCGUCUGUUUGUUGAACCUCAUGACCAACUGGAAAACAACUGAUCAGUACAAGAACUGCCUACUUGAUGAUCUUGUUGCCAUUCUUGUUAAGGAGUACAUAAUAUUCUAUUACGGCCAGCACCAGUUCAAUAGGCUUGGAACACACAAGCAUUUACUCGAUUGCUUCCGAAACUAUUUAGUUGGAUCAUGCACUAUAAAACGGCCUGUAUCUCCGCCUGCAAGCUCCGUACACCCAAAGUGGAUGCCAAUUAAGUCCGUGACGGAGCUUUUGGACUUUGGAGUUGGUUUCUUUCGUGCUCCAGACGGAGCAAACUUCCUCGAUGUAAAGUUCGAAGAAGGCCGCAAAAUGAAAAUGCCAGCAAUAGUUAUAGAGGAGAACACAGAAUCUUUGUUUAGAAACCUCAUCGCAUUUGAGCAUUGUGAUCCGAGGAAGGGCUAUGAAAUCACGUCUUAUGCUGCUCUCUUGGAUUGCCUGAUUAAGUCUCCCGAAGAUGCACGUCAUCUCGAACAGAAACAUAUUCUACGAAUUAUUGGUUUGAGCAAUGAGGACAGGGCAAGUUUCUUAAUGAGGCUGCUUUAUAAUAAUGAUACCAGUUUCCAUGGUUUUCUCUACUCAGACCUCUGCCACGACGUGAAUGUACAAAAUUUAUUCCUCCAGAUGGACGGUAUGGGCAGCAGCAAGUCUUAUGUCAUAUGUGCCUUAAAUGUUUCCAAUUGCUCAAUCGGAUCCCCAUAUCCAUCAUACGGCUCAAUUUGGGGAACUUUGAACUUAAGCGAGAGUGGUGCUGUCAUGAUGUCCGCACUACAGGGCAAGUUCGUUGUGUUGAGUAAGUCAUCGAUCGACGAGGAUGAGCGUAUCCUUUUGGCCAUCUUCUCGUACUUAACCAUGAGGUUGUGCAGAAAGGAGAAAGCUUUAGAUAAUAUCAACGUACCAUAUCAUCAACAGUGCUCCCGACUUGAUGAUCUUGUCUCCUUUUCUUUUUCCGAGUAUAAAGUGUUCCCAGCACCUAACUCAGCGCGCAGUCAUGAAAAGCACACGCAUUUACUCGAUUGCUUCCGAAACUGUUUAGUUGGAUCAUGCACUGUAAAACGGCCUAAUCGCUUAGCACCCUCAGAGCGGAACCCAGUUAUGCCUGUGAAAGAGCUUAUCCAGCAUGGAAUUCAUUUGAUAGCUAAAGACGGAGAUAACUGCAUCCUCGAUGUAAAGUUCGAAGAAGGCAAAAUGAAAAUCCCAGUAAUAGUUAUAAAGGAGAACUCAGAAUCUGUGUUUAGAAACCUCAUCGCAUUUGAGCAUUGUGAUCCGAGGAAGGGCUAUGAAAUCACGUCUUAUGCUGCUCUCUUGCAUUGCCUGAUUAAGUCUCCCGAAGAUGCACCUCAUCUCGAACAGAAACAUAUUCUACGAAUUAUUGGUUUGAGCAAUGAGGACAGGGCAAGUUUCUUAAACAGGCUGCUUCAUAAUAAUGACACCAGUUUCUAUGGUUUUCUCUACUCAGACCUCUGCCAAGACGUGAACAAUACUUGUCACUCCAGAUGGACGCUAUGGAAAGCUACUGGCGCGAUUAUUUUGGAAAACCAUGGGCGCUCAUUACUUUCCUUUUGGGAAAGGACCAUGGGCGCUCAUUACUUUCCUUUUGGGAAUCGUCCUUUCUUUAUAUCUUUCCUUAAUACAAACAGUUUUUGCUAUCCUCUCCUACAAGGCUUCUAAAUCAGCCAAGUAAUUUGGUUUAUCUGAUCAGUGUGUGUAUUUCUUUCAAUAAGUAGGUGUGUGUAAGUGUGGAUCCUUUACAUGUUUUUUUUGUCAAACUCGAAGUACUGCUGCUAUUUGUAAUGUUUGUCGAUGAAAUAAACAAGAAAAUGUCGU